AUGGUUCUAUCUCCCAGCAUCCUGCUCGCGCAGUCUCACCAUCUCCUAUGCACCAUCGUGGGUCUUUCUCUCAUCACCCUCCUCGCGUCGCUUCUCCUUUGCCGUCCAUCACCUGUUCCUGCGCCUUAUGAUAUGAAUCAUGCGUACCCUACCAUCGCAAGGACUCCUUCUCCAAAUUCACAAUCUAAUGCUAUUUAUGGACACACUCCAUCUCCUGUGAGGGAUGCUAUGGGAAGAUGUCAUGUCUUCAUUGCAGAUAUGGGGCUAAAUCACAACGGCCCGCAGAGAUGCGUCGGUCUCUUCACCUUCAUCCAUGGUCGCCGGAAACAUUUGAUAACCCACACGAACAAGGGCACACCUGAUCCAAUCCAUCGCCCUCUAACCUCUUUAGGACUGAGCGGUGGCGAUGGCCAGCGGCAGGAGAACAAAAAUCAGGAUGGUUUUACUAACCAGUACAAUGAUGGCCCUCCUCAACUCAAUAAUUAUGUCCAGAGAAUGGAAAACAGACUCCGCCAAUUGCAUGCACAGAGUAGAAAAUCUUCCUAUGAGCUCCAUAUACCCCCUAGCAGUAAAGACCUUCCGCCCAUACCUCACCCAAAAGGUCUCUCCCAUUCCAGACCGCAAUCAUCUUCAAAUCAAGAUUACCAAAAGCCACGAUUACGGACUCGAAGAUCUGCCUACGAAUUGAACAAGGACGUUCUUGGGCGGACAUUUACAACGAAAUCCGACGCAACAAAUUCUUCUAGUGGCGUCCAAAGCAAUGCAAGUGGCACUUCAGGAUUUAGCGCAACUAGCGCUGCAAGCUACGCACGGCGUACCAAUAGACAGGAUACCGCCAUAGAUAACCUUCAUCUCUCUGGACUAAUAGGUUCUGAUAAAUCUUCUAACAGUGGAAUGCGGCCUCGAACACCGUUAACCGGAAUUUCAUAUCACUCCAGCCAUAAUUCCUCUAGACAAGGAGCAACUUCUGCCAUUGGAUGGAACGAGUACAGUAAGGAUGCCCCAAGCAUGUAUGGCGGCCUGACUACACCCAAGUCAAAAAAGACAGGCUUUCUGAAAAAGAUUAUUGAAUCUGCUAAAACGGGAGCUGCGACCGCAAGAACCAAUAUUGCCACAAGCCCGGUUGGAGCAGUAUCACCGACGAAGGGUCGCAAAGCUGUGGGAAUCUCAUCAUAUGCAUCUCCUCACUCAGGAAAAAGUGCAGCAAGGGACAUGGGAUUGGGUGCAUCCAUGGAUUGGGUCCAGGUGCGACGGGACGUCAACAGGUGUAUCACUCCAAGCCGUCAUGAACUAAUCGAGAGAGCAGAGAGGUGCCAGAUGCUCGACUGUCCUGUGAUAUACGCGGUGGAGGAACUCUACGAGAGUGCAGAGGGAGAUGAGGGAAUAGAUGGUUUACCAAUUGCAGAACCGACUAACUGGGGUGCUGUGAAUUUACAGCUGGUGGACAAGAGUGUCCGGUUCAUAAGCAGUCUGCCUGCGAUGAUCAACCCAGUCAGUUUAUCCCAAGGGUAUAUCUGUCGCCCGCAUCGCAGCGAUGGACAGCGAUUACGUGCCAUAUUUACCUGGGUUGCGGAAAAGAUUGCAUGGGAUGAUGACAUUGAUGGGGACGUUGACUUGAAAAGAGUAUUGCAUAUGAAAAGAGGUUGCCCAAAGGAAGUUUCUUAUCUGGUACUAGAAAUGUGUUCCGCCGUUGGAAUGCAUGCCGAGGUAGUUAAUGGCUAUUUAAAAACACCCGGAGAACAACUGGAUCUUGAUCGCCUCUUCAAUCCAAAUCAUUGGUGGAAUGCUGUCCUGAUAGAUGGUGAAUGGCGGAUCAUGGAUUGCUCCCUGGCAAGUCCAACCAACCCUCGAAGAAACUUGUAUUCGAGUUUCAAUUCGCAGGUUGCUGAAAGCUGGUAUUUCCUAGCCCGUCCCAUGGAGAUUUGCUAUUCCCACAUUCCGAUUAACCCUGAGCAACAACAUAUCUGCCCACCCGUAUCACACGAUGUUCUUCUUGCGUUGCCCUGUGCUUGUCCCCCGUUCUUUAAAAACAAUUUGCGAUUCCCAAACUUUGACACAAGCCUUACCCGUAUUCAUGGCCUUGAGGCUGUCCAACUUCGUGUGUUCGUACCCCAUGAUGUCGAAUGUGUUGCAGAAGUUGAAGCUCUUGCAUUUGACCGCGACUCUGAUGGUGACUUAUUUGAAAGUGGCGAAGUUGUCAAAAAGCGUGCACUUGCGCAGCCUGACUGGAUUGGAGGACAGAAGCGCUUCACCAUAAAGGCUGUCUUACCUGGAGAUGAGGGCCAGGGCGUUUUAAAGGUAUAUGUUGGAAAGAAGGGACUGAUGCAUUCUAUCAAAGAUAUUCCCCACCCCCUGGCAUUUGCACUCCCAAUCACCCACACGGGAGAUAACCCAACCUACGACUUCAUCCUCCGCCAUCCCACUCCUCACGCUCAGCGCCAUGACCUCUACGUUAUUCAACCACAAUGCGCCAAACUCGCAAUAAACAACACCUUCGUCUUUGCAGUCCGUCAACAUCCGUCUUCCCUGCCAUCCAACGCCCCUGACUGCAGCGAGGGUAGUGGUCGCAUCUCCCCAAAUCCAUGCACCCGCCCCGCCAGCGCGCUCAGCAUGGUAUCUUCCGUUGUCGCAAGCUCAAACGCGUCAACAGGCUCAUCAUACAUAAAUCAAACCUUUUCCGCCUCUAGCUCUAACGUCUCGUCGAAUAGCAAACAGUCACAGCACUCCUCCAAGCCAGCGAAGCUAGCUAUACAAGCACCAUCAGGGCGGAUAUUGAGGUUGACACGCAAAUCUGAGAACGUUCUCAGUACCAGCAGUGGUGGAGGAGAUUUAACGGGUGAUGGCUCACCCGACGGCAGCGUGUGGGAGACAGUGAUUAAGUGCAAGAUGCCCUCUUAUCUCUCAUCCUCUUCUUCAUAUGUUAUGAUUUGGGCUGAUCCUAAGUAA